AUGGCUCAGGUCGUCCGCAGGCUUGUCAGCGGCCAGAAGAAGCGUUUCGAGAGCCAUGGCUUCGACCUGGACCUGGCGUACAUCGCGCCGCGGCUCGUGGCGAUGGGCCUCCCCGCAACAGGCAGCGAGGGCCUCUACCGCAACCCGCUCGCCGAGACGGCGCGCUUCCUCACGCGCUUCCACGGCGGCCGCUGCAAGGUCUGGAACCUCUGCAGCGAGCGGCUGUACGACCCCUCCAAGAUAGACGCCCCCGUGGUGCAGGGCCGCUUCGCGUUCGACGACCACCAGGUUCCUCCCCUGGCAAUGGCUCAGCUCUUCUGCUCAGAGGCCGCCGCCUGGCUGGAGGCGCACCCGGAGAACGUGUGCGUCGUGCACUGCAAGGCGGGCAAGGGCCGCACAGGCCUCAUGAUCUGCUGCCUUAUGCUGCACCUGCACCUGCACAACCCAGACUUGGCGAACUUCUCAGAGCGUGCCCGCGCCGCCGCCGCCGCCGCCGCCGCCGCUGCCUGCUGA